CACAUGUAUCUGGUCACAACAGUUUCGGCCAAUUUCCUGAUGGGCCGGUGACCGUUCCAACUUUCAAGUUGUGCAACCUCAUUAUUCUCCGUAACAAUACUCUAGCACAACUUUCCUGCAUUCCUUGUUCAAUCCUGAUUUAAACGUACUCUGUCGAUUCCAUAUGGCCACUGAUUUCUGGGCCAGUUCGCACUACAAACGAUGGAUAGUGGACCGCGCUACCUUGAAGGAGUCUCGUUCAGAUGACCUACAAUAUGUGGAUGAUCCGGAGUACCUCGAUUUCUUUGCAAUUUUCUUUGCGAAUGUUAUAACAAAACUAGGAAAAAAGCUCAACUUCAGGCAACGCGUCAUCGCGACAGCCAUCGUAUUUUUUCGAAGAUUUUAUAUCAAAAACUCGUAUUGCGAAACCGACCCAUUCAUCGUCAUCGCAGCAUGCUGUUACGUGGCUGGAAAGGCGGAGGAGUCGCCCGUGCACAUCAAGAAUAUGGUAGCAGAGGCUCGCCUUUUCUCAGCCGUGGUGUUUCACCACCAACCGUACGGCGUGAAAUACUUUCCUUCAGACAAUUCCAAACUCGCCGAGAUGGAGUUCUACCUCGUUGCGGACCUCGAAUGUGAUCUCACUGUUUUUCAUCCAUAUCGCACGUUGUUGUCCAUUUGCAAGAAGGAGAGCUCAAACGACUUGCAGACAGAGGCUGGUGAAGUGGGAGUGGGAGUGGACGAUGGGCCACGGUAUUGGGGAAGUGGUGAUGGACAACUCGAGUUGCCAGAUGAUGCGUUCCAGCUAGCUUGGUCUAUCGUCAACGACACAUAUCGCUCAGAUCUCUGCCUGCUUUAUCCUCCCCAUCUACUCGCCAUUACCGCACUCUAUCUCGCUGUUGUUUUACACGGUCCAACUAGAGAGCUCCUCCAACAGCAGUCUCAUUCAGUUGAAACAACACCAGUCCACAGCUCCCCGAGAAGAUCGUCGCGACAAAAUUCUAGUACAUCAUCGAGUCACUCAAAGAAACCCUCACAGGACUUUGUUGCUUUCUUUGCUGAACUUAACAUCUCAAUGCCAUUGGUCGCCACUAUUGCACAAGAAAUCAUUUCACUAUACACACUCUGGGAGCGGUACCUCGAAGAUUCCGAUCAUGUUGAUUCUGCAAGAGGUACAUUCUACGGACAUGCGUCGGCGCAGACACAAUCGGCAGUGAGCCAUAGCGGGGUAUCUACGCCCGUGGAGAACCUGGACGAUGCACAGAGGCCGCAUGGUGCUACGUCGACCUUCUUGCUGCAGGUCUUGACGAGGAUGAGGGAGAACAGGUUGUCAGAUAUGGCGCAUGCGUCUUCUGGGAGGCAUGUUGCGGUGAAUAAGAUGUUAGAGCGGACACAGGCUGCUGGGUGA